AUGAGUCUUACUUCAGCCAUCAAGGCAAAUAUUCAGGGAGAUGUUUGGCCCGGUCUGCCCAAAAGAUUUCAAACCUUUCUCUUCUUUCGUGUAAAAAACCAGGUUCAUUUCAAGAACCGACUGAAGACAUUUAUUCCCAAGAUCACCACCGGUCAAGAUGCCUGUGAGAUGGGCGAGACCAUCAAGAAGGCAAAGAAGGAAGCCGAACUGGCAAGGAGAUCAGCUAAGCUCCAAGGUCUACCUGGAAUCAACAUUGCCUUUACCUCGACCGGACUUGAAGCACUUGGAGCAUUUGUGAACGUCAACGAUCAGUUUUUCGUCCAAAAAGACAGAAAGCUAUCUACAGUCUUUCAGGACCAACAAAUCCGGGGUGGACUGUUCGAAAAGGGCAUGUAUGCGGACCUUGUGGGCGAGGGGUGGGACAACCCCCAGGAGCUUCGAAAGGAGUACAAGCCCGACGAGCAUAAUCAGAGACUUAUUGAUGGGGUGAUUAUGGUGACUGCAAGCGUGAAACGUGAUUUGGAUACCAAGAUCAGCGAGGUGAAGCAACAUUUCCUGGCAGAGGAGGGAACACCUCCUAACGCAGAGACAUAUGCCCUCAGCAAGGACCCUUCUCUUGAGUUCAACCUGGUAAGACUCGGAAAGGUUCGCCCAGGUGAUAAGAAAGGAAAAGAGCACUUUGGAUUCAAAGAUGGAAUCAGUCAGCCUAUAAUUGAGGGCUGGGAUGAAAGACAACCCGUAGGGAAGGAACCUAAAGCCGUAAAGCCAGGAAUGAUUGUUUGCGGGCACGAGGGCGACAGAAUGAACCAACCAUCAUGGGCCAAAGAUGGCAGUUUCCUUGUUUUCCGGGACCUCCAGCAACUCGUUCCUGAAUUUGAAGAGUACAUGCAGAAGAAGGCCAACGAUUUCCCCUUCACUCAAGACCAUCCCAAGCCAGCCGAAAAGCUUGCUGCAUACUUGAUGGGAAGAUGGAAGAACGGAACUCCUGUGGAUGAGUCUCCUCACAAUGACUCUGACGAAAACCUCUUUUCAUCAAACAAUUUCGAUUACUCGCCCGUCACUGAGCACAAAAGGUGCCCCUUUGCGGCACACACCCGCAAAAUGAGACCUCGAGCUGACUUGGAGCACGACCAUGCUGUUAUUAUCCGUCGUGGUAUUCCGUAUGGCGAGGAAGUCACGGCCGAAGAGAUGACAGAUGGAAAGUCGUCCAAAGAAAAUGAACGUGGGCUUCUGUUCGUCUGCUACCAGAGCGACAUCCGAGAUGGAUUCAAUUUCUUGACUACCCGCUGGGCAAGCAACCACCACUUCCCCGACCGCAAGACUAGUUUCGUUGGGGGUGAAGGUCCGGGUAUUGACGCGUUUGUGGGCCAGAGACUGGACCAUCACCCAGAGCGCUCUAUCGGUCUUCCUGAUGGCAAUGCUGUCACCAAAGCUCGCUUGCAUCUGGAAAGCUGGGUUAUUCAAAGGGGAGGCGACUACUUCUUCGUGCCUUCUAUCUCAACAUUGAAGAACGAGCUCACGGGUCCUGGCAUCUUUGACCAGGAGGAAUUGGCCCGUCUCCGUGAGGAGGAGGACGAAUAA